GUGCGCGGCGCGGCCCCAGUCCGCGCUGCAGCCGCCGCGGGGGCGCCACUACCAUGAGCGGCCGCGGCCGCCCCUGCGCGACUCACGGGCACCGGGCGCAGCAGCCGCCGCCGGCCCCCCCCCGCCGCUGCUGCCGCCGCCGCUGCAGCCGCUGCCGCGCACCCCCGGCCCCCGAGCCCGGCGCUGCAGGAUGCCGGGGGGCAAGAGAGGGCUGGUGGCACCGCAGAACACCUUCCUGGAGAACAUCGUCCGGCGCUCCAGCGACACUAAUUUUUUUGUUGGAAAUGCCCAGAUUGUGGACUGGCCUGUAGUUUAUAGUAAUGACGGUUUUUGUAAACUCUCUGGAUAUCAUCGCGCUGACGUCAUGCAGAAAAGUAGCACUUGCAGUUUUAUGUAUGGUGAACUGACAGACAAGAAGACCAUUGAAAAAGUCAGACAGACUUUCGACAACUACGAGUCAAAUUGCUUUGAAAUUCUCCUCUACAAGAAAAACAGAACCCCAGUUUGGUUCUACAUGCAAAUUGCUCCUAUAAGAAAUGAGCAUGAAAAAGUGGUUUUGUUCCUGUGCACUUUUAAGGAUAUCACUUUGUUCAAGCAACCAAUUGAAGAUGAUUCAACAAAAGGUUGGACGAAGUUUGCGCGGCUGACACGGGCCCUGACGAACAGCCGGAGCGUCCUGCAGCAGCUGACGCCGAUGAACAAAGCCGAGGUGGUGCACAAACACUCCCGCCUGGCCGAGGUUCUCCAGCUGGGUUCUGAUAUUCUUCCUCAGUACAAGCAAGAAGCUCCAAAGACUCCACCACACAUUAUACUACAUUAUUGUGCUUUUAAGACCACUUGGGACUGGGUCAUCUUAAUUCUAACCUUCUACACAGCAAUUAUGGUUCCAUAUAAUGUCUCCUUCAAGACGAAACAGAACAACAUUGCCUGGCUUGUGCUGGACAGUGUCGUGGACGUUAUUUUUCUCGUUGACAUUGUUUUGAACUUUCAUACAACCUUUGUUGGCCCUGGUGGAGAGGUUAUAUCUGAUCCCAAACUCAUAAGGAUGAACUACCUGAAAACGUGGUUUGUGAUUGAUCUUCUGUCCUGUUUACCGUAUGACAUCAUCAAUGCCUUUGAGAAUGUGGAUGAGGGGAUCAGUAGCCUCUUCAGUUCCUUAAAAGUGGUGCGUCUUCUCCGACUUGGUCGAGUUGCCAGGAAGUUGGACCAUUAUCUGGAAUAUGGUGCUGCUGUACUGGUACUGUUGGUGUGUGUGUUUGGACUGGUGGCCCAUUGGCUAGCCUGCAUAUGGUACAGCAUUGGGGACUAUGAAGUUAUAGAUGAAGUCACUAAUACAAUCAAAACAGACAGCUGGCUCUACCAGUUGGCACUGAGUAUCGGGACACCAUAUCGAUACAACACCACUGGCUCAGGGCAGUGGGAAGGAGGACCCAGUAAAGACUCCUUGUACAUAUCCUCUCUCUACUUUACCAUGACAAGCCUUACAACGAUAGGAUUUGGAAACAUAGCACCAACCACUGAUGGAGAGAAGAUUUUUUCGGUGGCCAUGAUGAUGGUUGGCUCUCUUCUUUAUGCAACUAUUUUUGGAAAUGUCACAACCAUUUUCCAGCAGAUGUAUGCCAACACCAACCGAUACCAUGAGAUGCUGAACAAUGUGAGAGAUUUCCUGAAAUUAUAUCAAGUCCCAAAAGGCCUUAGUGAAAGAGUCAUGGAUUAUAUUGUCUCAACCUGGUCCAUGUCUAAAGGAAUUGACACAGAGAAGGUUCUCUCAAUUUGCCCAAAGGACAUGAGAGCAGAUAUUUGCGUGCACCUAAACCGGAAAGUUUUUAAUGAGCACCCUGCCUUCCGGCUGGCCAGCGACGGCUGCCUGCGAGCCCUGGCUGUGGAGUUUCAGACGAUCCAUUGUGCCCCGGGGGACCUCAUCUAUCAUGCUGGGGAAAGCGUUGAUGCGCUUUGCUUUGUGGUCUCAGGAUCCCUAGAAGUCAUCCAGGACGACGAGGUGGUGGCUAUUUUAGGUAAAGGCGAUGUGUUUGGCGAUAUCUUCUGGAAGGAAACCAGUCUGGCCCAUGCGUGUGCCAAUGUGCGGGCUCUGACAUACUGCGAUUUACAUAUUAUUAAACGAGAAGCCUUGCUUAAAGUGUUGGACUUUUAUACUGCUUUUGCAAACUCAUUCUCGAGGAACCUCACACUCACCUGCAAUUUGAGGAAGCGGAUCAUCUUCCGGAAAAUCAGCGAUGUCAAGAAGGAGGAAGAGGAGCGCCUGCGCCAGAAGAACGAGGUGACGCUGAGCAUCCCUGUGGACCACCCCGUGCGGAAACUCUUCCAGAAAUUCAAACAGCAAAAGGAGAUGCGUAAUCAAGGCUCAACCCACAUCGAUCCAGAAAGGAACCAGCUUCAAGUGGAAAGCCGGAGCGUGCAGAACGGGGCCUCCAUCACAGGCACCAGUGUGGUCACUGUGUCUCAGAUCACCCCCAUCCAGACAUCCCUGGCUUAUGUGAAAACCAGCGAGGCUGUGAAGCAGAACAACAGGGAUGCGAUGGAGCUCAAGCCCAAUGGAAAUGGAGACCAGAAAUGUCUCAAAGUGAACAGCCCCAUGCGGAUGAAAAACGGGAACGGGAAAGGGUGGCUUCGACUGAAGAACACGAUGGGGACCCAUGAGGAGAAGAAGGAAGACUGGAACAACGUCACAAAGGCUGAGUCGAUGGGGCUGCUCUCGGAGGACCCCAAGUGCAACGACUCGGAGAACGGUGUAAAUAAAAACCCACUGAGGAAAACAGACUCUUGUGACAGUGGAAUAACAAAAAGUGACCUUCGCUUGGAUAAAGCCGGUGAGACUCGCAGCCCCCUGGAGCACAGCCCCAUUCAGGCUGAUGCUAGGCAUCCUUUCUACCCUAUUCCUGAGCAGGCCUUACAAACCACGCUGCAGGAAGUCAAGCACGAACUCAAAGAAGAUAUCCAGCUGCUAAGCAGCAGGAUGGCUGCCCUUGAGAAGCAGGUGGCAGAAAUUUUAAAAAUAUUGUCUGAAAAGAACGUACCCCAGGUCUCUUCCCCCACGUCUCAUUUAUCACCCCAGCGGCCCCCCCAGAUACCCUGCCAGGAUAUUUUUAGCGUUUCAAGGCCUGCAUCACCUGAAUCAGAAAAAGAUGAAAUCCACUUUUAGCAUAUACCUAUGUGUAUAUAUGUAUACAGUAUAUAUGCAGAGGUGUAUAUAUACCUUUAUACAUAUAUAUGUGUGUGUAUAAGGUAAAUAUAUAUACAUAUAUAUUUUCACUUGCAUCCAAUAUGACUUGAACACACCAAGGAUUUUGAUAUGUAAAUAUUUGCAUGUCCAGCUGGAUUCUGGCCUGCCAAAGAAAACAAUUAUUAACAUAGAUAUUGCUUGUAUAAUAUGCAGUUGACUGCAUGCACACUUUACAUUUAUUUAUAAUCUCUAUUAUGUAAUAAAAGAAUGACUUUUGUUUAACAAAGGCAAUGUACUAUUUAAAGAAUCAGGGUCUAACCUGCCAAUAUUGCCAUGACAGUUUUGAUCUCAGGCUGGGUGAAUUGAGCUUUUACUUCCUCACUGUCUUUUCUGCCGAGUUAGACAGUAGGUUAACACGACGUGGCCAACACGUUCAGACUCCAAGUAGUACUGUUUCCUUGUAUCAUUCCAUUACAAUAUACUGUAUAUUUGGUGAUAAAUUCCCCCACUCCUCUUGAAGGGAGGGCUCAGCUCAGUCGCCAGGGAAGGGCACCGUGUCGGGUGCUGGGGUAGAUCACUGGAAUUGAUUCGUGUGGGUGUUGUGCAUGCACAGCCUUUUAUUUCGAGUAUCCUCCUGCUCUUUUAACAUCAUAAGUAACACAUAGUAGCAGUGAUUUAUGUAAGGAAAUGAAACAAACAGAACAUCUCUCAGCUGCAUGUGCUGUGUAUUUGGGGGUAAUGCCUUUCUUGAAAGCCUCCUUUUUACGGAUGACAUUUUUACUGAACUGUUAGCGUGACAUUAUGCAGAAUCUCUUUGCAGCACUUAGCGACAGUGUCCGCUUCUGUCAGUAUCUUCAUUAGGAUGUCCCGUUUUUUGCAGAGCUGAGGUUGCUCUCUGGCUGUCCCCCCCCGUUGCCCCUGGCAGAAAAACUUUGCACAAGAUCUGAGCAAGGGAGAGAGCAAUUGUGCUUCAGUUCCUCAGGAGCCAUGUGAGCAGAUUUGGAAGCCUGAAGUUAAAAGGCUGCAGUUAAUCCCCCUCCACUCUUUUCUGAGGCUGUUUAUCAGUCUGAAACUACCUUUGAGAAAGAGAAAAUUACCAGUCAGGAUGUGAAGUUGGUGAUGGUGAAUUUCCCUUUAGCCUGAGGCAUUCGACGGUGAUGUUUGGGUGGGAGAGUGUUUUGUGGAGAUGAAGUCCUUCCUCGGGUGCUGCCUGCUGCUCUUGCCAUAGCAUUUGAAGGUUUUAGUGGCUGGGGUGUUGUGAUCCAAGUGCCAGCUUGCAGUGCCCACACAGCCAGUUGUUGGGCACAUGAGGUCUGUGUCGGGUGCUCUGGUCCUCUUCUUGGCUGGCUCCCAUCAGCAUCUCCCCCUCCUGAACCAUGCUCCUAUUUCCACCAGCUAGGCUGGUGCAUCACCCCUCACGAUGGCUGUGCAAGGCUGCAGCAAGACGGGCUUUUGCAUAGGCCCCUGAUUCUUCUGCUCUUGGAAGCUGAGAUUUUGGACUCUGCCUGGGCCUGCACUUGAGUGUGGUGGGUUAUUUACUUCUCCAUUUGCAGUGAGUGAGAAUCCAGGCACACAUUUCUCAUGGCAGAAAUGGCCAUUGUGGCUUCAGAGUCAAUGCUGGUACAGCUGGAGGCUGGCACAGCAGAGUUCAAUGGCUCCUACAGAGAAGGAUAUCCCCACCACACUUCAGUGGCCUCUGGCAUCAAGGUCCCAUGUCUUCAAAAGUGCCUCGAGUAAAACAUAUUUGUACAACAAGGCAUUGCUAUCAAUCAGGUAAACAGAACAGAUGUUUAUAAUUAGUGGGCAUCUUUACCAGACAUCAAUGCCAGACAUUUCACUUCAUAUUAGUAAACUAAGCUACACUAAAAAAAUUCCUGAGAAACCAAAAAGUAAAAAAUAAAAAUCAAACAA